AUGUCAGACUGCAAGCCGGUGUCAACGCCGCUAGACCCCGGAGUGAAGUUGGAAAAAGCAAAGGAUCCUGAUCACGAAGAAAACUCUCUUCCGUAUCGUGAACUUUUGAGAUCAUUGAUGUAUUUGGCUAUGUGUACUCGUCCCGAUAUCGCAUACGCGACCAGUUACCUUAGCCAGUUCAACAACUGCUACAAUAUAAACCACUGGACAGCUGUAAAACGCGUACUUCGCUACUUACAAAGAACGAAAAAUGUAGGUCUACAUUUUUAUCGAUCUGGUAAAUCGCUGGAGGGAUGUGUCGAUGCCGAUUGGGCAAACUGCUCAAAUGACAGGAAGUCCUAUACUGGUUUUUCGUUUAUUCUUGGAGGAUCCAGUGUUUCAUGGGAAUCUAGAAAGCAGAGGACCGUGGCUCUUUCAUCGACUGAGGCCGAAUAUAUGGCCUUAGCCGAAGCCGGGAAGGAAGCCGCAUAUUUAAAACGCUUUCUCAAAGAACUGGGAUUGUCAAAGACUUUGUACAAUGUUAAUAAUAAUUAUUAUUAG